UUGAAAUAAACGAGUAACUACUGCGUAAAAAACAUUGCGGAAGUAAGACUUGCUGGAUUUGAUCGUAUGGUUUGAUCAUGCUUUGAUUCCAUUUGUCUUCAUUUUUUCCCGAGUGGUUGUGAAUUUUUAGCCGAGUGUAUUAACGAUUUCGUAGUUUGCAGCUAGUGUUGUGACGCCUAAGAACAAUCAGACAGGCCGGUACAGACGCGACGCGAUCUGCGGUUACCGAUCUACCAUUGUACUAGAGGUUUCCGUCCGUCAGUGGACUGAGUAAAAUCUGCUGAAACAACGCACUCAAAAAUACUGACUUGGUGAUUUUAUAAGGCCCCUAAAACCCCAGAGAGGUUUUUCCAAGAUGGCGACUGGGCCCAUCGACGACCUAGCAACGCUGGAAGCACUGGAUGAGGCUGCCAUACUGUCUGAGCUAAAGAAACGCUACGCGCAUGACGCAAUCUAUACGUACAUUGGAGACAUUCUCAUUGCUAUCAACCCGUACAAGCCGCUCUCAAUUUAUUCGUAUCAGAUAUCAUGUUCCUAUACGAACCUUCAAUACAGACAGGCACUACCGCCCCACAUCUUCGCAGUAGCAGACAAAGCGUACAGCAGUAUGAAGCGACUGGGCAUGCGCCAAUGUUGCGUCAUCAGUGGCGAAUCAGGAGCGGGGAAGACUGAGAGCGCCAAGUACCUGAUUGGUCACAUCAUCAGCCAUUGUAACAGUCAAAAGAAAAGUCUACAGGAAAAGAUUUUACAGGUGAACCCUCUGUUGGAAGCAUUCGGCAACGCUCGGACCACUAUGAACGACAACUCAAGCAGGUUCGGCAAAUUUCUAGAACUGAUAUUUACACACGAUGGACGAAUAGUAGGGGCAACAAUUGAUCAGUAUCUUCUCGAGAAAUCUCGCGUUGUUAACCAAGGCAAACGGGAACGAAAUUUCCACAUCUUCUACUACAUGUUUGCUGGACUGACUGAGCAACAGCUGUUGAACCUACUGCUGUCACCCCCUGAAAAACACAGAAUAAUAAAUGCUGCUGGUGGUCAGAGUGUAUAUGAAAGCGAAGAAGAGUUUUUGUUCAAUCAGAAAAUGUACGACGAGCUGCAAGACAUCAUGGAGCUCGUAGGCUUCACUCAAGAGGAUAUCUGGAUGAUAUUCACCAUCUUAUCGGCGGUAAUUCAAAUUGCUGAUAUUGAUUUUGACUUCGAUGAGGAAACGGGAGGUUCAUUUAUUGUUGAUGAAUACAUACUCAAAGUUGUGUGUAACUUGCUUGGAUUGGAUGUGGUUGAGAUGGCAACGGCACUAGUAUCCAAUGUAUCACAUACACGAGGAGAGCAGAUUCUAACGUUGAAGACGGUAGCUCAAGCAAACGAUGGCCGCGAUGCCCUAGCCAAGGCGCUGUACAGCCGGCUGUUUACAUGGAUCGUGCGGCAAAUCAACACACUCAUAGCCCCAGGUCCUCAACAUGGGGGAACGCAGGGCUACGAAGUUGGUAUCCUGGACAUCUAUGGGUUUGAAAGCUUCGAGACGAACAGCUUUGAGCAGCUGUGCAUCAAUGUCACCAAUGAGCAGCUUCAGUACUACUUCAAUCAGCGAAUAUUCGCAUGGGAGCUGACUGAAUACGCCAGCGAAGGGGUGUCCCAUGCUAAGAUCAAGUUCCAGGACAACCAACCGGUCCUCGAUCUUUUUCUUGCUAAACCACUCGGUCUGUUCUCCAUACUGGACGAGGAGAGCCGGUUCCCACAGGCCUCUGACGUCACGUUUGUCAACAAAGUGGUUAGUAACCACGGCAAGAACAGCAACUUUCUGAAGGAGAAGAAGGCCCGGGGACACACGACUAAAUUCGGAAUCACACACUACGCUGGAGAACUUUGGUACGACGCCCAAGGGUUCCUGGAGAAGAACCGAGAUACGUUCAGUGCUAACAUGACAGAGAGCAUGCUACAUAGUGAGCAUGGACUCCUAAGGUAUCUAUUCAGUACGAGCGAGACAGAAUCAUCCGUAGAAACGAACCCCCAUGGACCGUUCACAGUACCCCAGAGUCAGAAAGACAUCCUCCUAUGCAAGCCACCUCCUAAAAUCAUCCAUGAUGGGACAGUCAGUGUGUCUCGCGCCGCAACAAGGAAACUCAGGAAGCAAAUGAAAGACGAAAAACAACAGAAGCAGAAGCAGAAAGAAGACAAAAAUAAACGGCGAACACUGCCCUCUAUCGGCUCACAUUUCAAGCAAUCGCUGACGGGCCUAAUGGCCAAAAUGCUCGGUGCGGAGCCGCAGUUCGUCCGAUGCGUAAAGCCCAACAGUCGGAGUCAGAAUGAUGUAUUCGAAGACAAGCUCGUACAACGGCAGCUGCAGUACACCGGCGUGCUCGAGACCAUCAAGAUAAGACGCAUGGGCUUCCCGUCUAGAUUAGUCUUCGCAGAUUUUAUAAGAAGGUAUAAGUUCAUAGCGUUCCCACUGUCUGCGCCCUUAAAAAUUGGACCGGGCCCCUGCAAGAAAAUACUUCAGACGGCUGGUCUGACGGGGUUCGAGAUCGGAAAAACAAAGGUGUUCCUGAAGUACUGGCACUCCGAGAAACUCGACACACGUCUCGACCAACUCACCGCGAGCAUCGUCACCUGCCAGCGGUACGCGCGCGGUAGGAUCGGCCGUAAAUACACGCGAUCUGUCCGGGAGAGGGGCUGGAAGCAACGAGGUGCUCUGCUGGAGUUUCUAGAAGAGGUGGAAGUUUACAACGAGAGGUUCUACAGGGCGAUGGCCAAGCUGGACAAAAUGGACAAGGAACGAUUCGAAGCUAAAAGGAGACAGAUGUUGCUUGGCGAGCUACGAGUCAAGACUGAUGAGAGGCAAAAACUGAUCGUUGAGCAGAAGGAGCGCAAGAAGGUACCACCUCCCACAGCACCCAAGAGAUACAGCUAUGGUGUCCCUGUAGCUGCAGCUGCAUUGAAUGGUGCUGCUACAGAGAGAGCUCAGAUUCCCACCAAGAAAAGCAGAAUAGAAGAGGAGCUUCUUGGUGAAUUAGAAUACCAGCUGCCUAGGAUAGACCCUGAUGCAUGGGGUAAGGUCUACUUCCUAGAGAAGAGAUGUCGUCUUGUAGACUUUAACAUCAAGUCUCCUGCUGUCAUUAUAGAUGGCUCAAAGUUUCAGUAUCCUGGCAGACUGGGUUUUGGUGCAUUACACAACCCCCUUCGUGACAAACAGACUGAGAAAGUGCGCAACCACAUUGGCAAGGGGGUCCAAGUGGAGGUGGACAAAGAGGGCAAUGUGUGGGCCACCAGGCUGGGCAAGAACGAGGUGUUCGUCAAGGGUUGUUUCGACCCUGAAAACCACUGCAUCUCAGCUGAUCUCAUUGAGAGAAUGGGUCAUUUAGAAACAAACGAACCAAUGAAGGUGUUUGACAUAAGAGAGUACAAGAUCCAGCUGGCUCUGGAGGCCAAGAAAUCCGACCAGUCAGAGAUUGACAAGAAGAGGCUGAAGCAGUUAUGCGUUGUGUCACUCAGCUUUGUCAAGGAUGCUGUGGAAGAUAUCAACACACCGUGCUGGAUAAGCAUUGUGGUUCUCCCUGCACUCAGGCUGGAUAAUCCGAAAACAAUGGUUAAAUUUAAAGAUGUAAAUCCUGAAGUAUCCAUUCAAAUGGUUCUCCAAGAUGCAACUAAGAUCCUAUCUGUGUACCGUACAGCCAAACAGAUUGAGUCCAGUGAAAUGGGACGAUCGGCUAGCCGCAAGUGGGCCAAGUCUAACAUGCGACGCUCCAACUUUGAGAAAGAGAACAACAAGAAAGAAGGUCGGAGAGCUCGACUGACUGAGAUGGAGAAAGCUAAGGCUAUGGGGAUGGAGGCAAAGUACAGUUGGGAGAACGGCAACGGAGACAAAGUGCCUACAGAAGACAUGGAUCGUCUUUCUAUUUCUGGUGAGAGUGAUACAGGCUCAACUCUGUAUCAGAGUGAAGCCGGCCUCAACUACCAAGGGUCAUCAGUCAGACGAGCGGUGCUACGCUCACUCUCAACUCGUAAUGCCGCUGCCUUCCGUCAGCGGAGCCUCAAGCGAAACCAGGAUGCCAAUCAGGGAGACCCCUCGGCCACGGAAGAUCCCUACUCCGCCAAUGGAGGGCGCCGUGUCUGGGCCAAAGCCAAGCAGCAACAGCGCGACAGAGAGGCUGAUGAAAUCUUCUGAGAUUUAGCUCAAUCUGGGUUAAGAAAGGAUUAAGAAAAAAAACGUAAGGCACUGUUGUGAAUGAUUUCGGGACAAAGUAUUUCAAUAUCUUAAACUCAACAUAUCACACUGUGAUGAUGCAGUCGCCCACUCUUGGAAACUGUACACUGAGGUUGAUUAUACAAAAACUAUCUGAGAUUAGCUCUUCUGGAUUAGAGAGGAUUAAGACAAUGCGGAAGACGAGGCAAAUAGCGCCCUGGGGUGAUAUUGGCCCUUCCCGGUGUACUAACACCAUGAACCUCAUCACAGCAUGCAACAAUUUGUAUAAUUGCUAACUUUUUGAAAUUGUGAAUGACUUAAAUUGAAAACCCUGGCUGAUGACACUUUGCAUGAGGCUGGGCAAAUUCAUUUCCAUUUUGCUGGUUUUUGAUGAAGAUUUACUUUAUAAAGUUAAGAAUUUUAUGGGUGCAUCUUAUUCCUGCCAAGCUUUUGUGCCUUUUAAUUGAAUGACAACUAGUAUUCAUUAAUGUUAUAUCAACACAAUGAACAUGACAUACAUGUACAUGUAAAUGAUGGCAGCAAGUCAAAAGCUUUAUAUAUUAACUGCAGUUCAUAUAUAAUGGUGUCAAUAAUUUAAAAUAAAUACUGCAAGUAAAGAGAAUGUAAUAUGUUGACAUGCUUGUGAUGGGUUUUUGAUACAAAAUAUUGUAUUUAAAAUAAGUAAAACAAAAUUGUGAUACUUUGUUUCAAAUUAUAACUGACGGAUCUAGGAUUCCCCUUUAUUUCUUUGAAUGCAACGCGGCCCUUAUUAAGGUUGAAGUCAGUCUAAAAUGUUCAAUAGACUGAUAUUUUGAGCAAAUUUGUUGUGUUGUGGGCGAGUGGUCUGCUGCACCAGACUCAAGUUUUAAUGACUGAGCCAUCAGAGUGAAAAAUUGUCUACUUAAAGACACUGGACACUACCAGUCUUCUCACUUGGUGUAUCUCAACAUAUGCAUAAAAAUUGAGCUCAAUU